UUAUGUUCUCUGUAUAGUACAGUUUUGGCUGAACGCUUAUUUAUGUAAUUUAUUUUUAAUACUCUAAAAACUAUUCCUAUUUAAUAUGGAUUUUAUUAAUAAAGACAAAGUGUAUCUGAAAUGUAAACAUACCGUGAAAACUUGGGAAAAAGACUUUAAAACAAAACAUGCCCGCACGCCGUCCAAAUUGGACAUUAAAGAAGCUCCAGCUAAAAUAAAGUAUGCGUAUAAAAAAUAUUUUCAGUUGAAAAGUUCAGCUCUAGAAACUUCUUUAGCAGUAUGUGAUUUCGAAGAAGAGUCCAUAAUAAGUCAAUCGCCGGAGAAAGUUCGGAAUUUAGAAAAUACUUAUGAGUUUUCACAUCCUCAAUCUGAGUUACUACCGGAUUUGCCCACAGGUCAAGAACUAGAACAACUUUUAUCAAACCAUGAACACACGAAAUCAAAAAGUUUGGAAAAUCAUAGUACAUUUGUUGAUAAUGUAUCAAAAAAAAUAUUUCAAUCUAAAAAGUUUUCCCUAAGAAAUCCAAGAAAAAUAUCCAUUUCAAAAAAUCGAUCUAUAACAGAUAUAGAGAAUAGUAUUAUCGAAAAAACUAACAAUGAAACAGGCACUGAUGUUUUUAUAGCAGAGGAAAAGGACCAAACUAAUGAUACAUUUACUUUUGGUAGUAGUUCCACAUGCACAGCAUUAAACUUGUUCACUAGCAUGAAUAAUAUGAUGGAAUUAGUACCAAAACUGAGACAAGUUGAUGAGGCAUGGUUCAAACGGGCAACUGGGCUUACUAUAUCUCAAAAAGAAGCAACGGACACUAAUACAAAAGCAGAAUUUGGAUUAAGUAAUGUAAAAGUUGCAAAACUGAAUGAUAAACCUAUUGAUUAUAUUGAAAAUAGUGAAUCUGAAGGGGAUGAUAAUAUAUUAAUCAGUAAGUUAAAACCUGCUCUCAAGAAAAGAAAACUAGACAAUGCUGUAAAUUCAAAAGAAAAAAUUAAUCAAGUAGGAAUGCAUGAUCAAGCUGCUAGUGAACCGUCACACUGUGUUGUAAGUUCAGAUAAGAAAACAAAAACUAUAUCAAAACAUAGAAAGUCACAAAAAAUGACUGCUGAAUGCAGCGAACAACAACCACCAUCCAUAGCAGAGUUUUUACCUUUUGGUUUAGAGAAGGAUAUUGUUCCACGUCAUAGUGAUAUUACAAAUAUUUUAAAUACAUUUUCCACUGAUGUAGUGAUAGAAAAUAAAUCUGAAACCUCAUAUGAUGCUAAAGAAAACAAUGAAAGAGAAAUUCUUAAUAAAAUUAAAAGUGGGACCUUAAAUGAGAAUUAUGUGAAAAUUAAUAUUGAAAAGAAAGUAUUUGUUAGAGGUAAAAAGAACAUCAAUUAUUCAAAAUAUAAAAAACAACAAUGGAAGGAUAAAAAAGCACUUCAUGGUGGUAUGGAAUUUCCAGAGUGUGGUAAAAUGAAAUGUUUUAAAUGUGGGUUACCUGGCCACAUGGCAAGAUACUGUACUGCACACAUAGGAGAUACACUUUUACCUUUACAUAAAUAUGAUGAAAACACAUUACCAUCUUUAGAAAACAUGCAAGAUAUUAUAGAUAAGGAAACAAACAAUAUGUCUCUUUCAGAUCAGCUAAGUUUAUCAAUUUAUAAAUCUAGUAAAAUUCCAGAAUCUGUCCUGAAUGUACUGGCUGCUACUGAAGAUAUUCAUACUAAUGUUAAACCAAUCUACACAUAUGAUAGUUUAGAAACUCCAACAGAAUUAUAUGAAACCCUCCAAAAAUUUGGACAUGAAAGAUUUCGUUCUGGUCAAGAAGAAACAAUCAAAAGGAUUUUAAGUGGCAUGUCAACAUUGUUAAUAUUAUCAACAGGAGGUGGUAAAUCACUUUGUUAUCAGCUUCCUGCUUACAUCUAUAGUCAAUAUUAUAAAUGUAUAACUUUAGUGAUUUCACCAUUAGUUUCAUUAAUGGAGGAUCAAGUACUUAGUAUGCCUGAAUUCUUAAAGGCUGGUUGUUUACAUACAAACCAGCCCCCUAGUCAACGUCAAAAAAUAAUACAAUGUUUAAAAAAUCAAGAAAUUAAUGUUCUUCUGAUAUCUCCUGAAGCUUUGGUAUCUGUAGAAUCAUCUACUGGUUUCUCAGGAAUCUUUAAAUCAUUACCCCAAAUAGCCUUUGCCUGUAUUGAUGAAGUACAUUGUGUUUCACAAUGGAGUCAUAAUUUUAGGCCCAGUUAUUUAAUGAUAUGUAGAGUGUUGCAAGAAAAACUCAAUGUGAAAUGUAUUCUGGGUCUGACAGCCACUGCUAGUCAACAAACAGUCAGAAGUAUAAUUAGUCACAUAAAUAUACCUGAUGAUAUAACUGGUGUUAUAACAAAUCCAACAUUACCAGAUAAUCUAUGUUUAUCAGUUUCUUUUGAAAAAAAUAAAGAUCAAGCUCUAGUAGCUUAUCUUAAAUCAAAAGAAAUUUGUUAUUCUAAUUCUAUUAUUGUGUAUUGCAUAAGAAGGGAUGAAUGUGAAAGAGUUGCUGCCUUACUUAGAUCAUGUCUUCAAGAACCUAAUAAACUUGAUAUGGAACGACAGCAUAAACGAAAAAGAAUGUCCUAUAUUGUUGAAGCAUAUCACGCUGGAAUGUCUGGAGCACAAAGGAAAAAAAUUCAAAAACAUUUUAUGGAUGGUACAUUAAAAAUUAUAGUUGCAACAGUAGCUUUUGGUAUGGGAAUAAAUAAAUCAAACAUUAGAUGUAUUAUACAUUACAACAUGCCAAGUAGUUUUGAGUCCUAUGUUCAAGAAGUAGGUCGUGCAGGGCGUGAUGGACAGAAUGCUUAUUGCCAUGUAUUUAUGAAUGACAGUAAUAAUGAUAAAAAUGAACUUCUUAAACAUAUCCAUGCUAAUAGUGUUGAUAGACCUACAGUAAGAAAAUUACUACAAAAAGUAUUUUUGCCAUGCAAAUGUGGUCAAAGUGAUGGAAGAAAAGAACUUCCUUCUACAAGCACAAAUACUAGCAAGAGAUGUAAAGGACAUGAGGUUGGAAUACCAAUUGAUAGUACAGUAGAAGAAUUAGAUUUAUCCCCUGAAAAUAUAUCUACAUUAUUAUGUUAUGUGGAACUCCAUCAUAAAAAAUACAUUAAGGUACUUAAUAAUUCUUAUACUAUGUGCAGAAUUUCAUCAUAUGGUGGUCCAGAUAAAAUUUUAGAAGCUGCUAAGAUUUGUUGCCCUCUUGCAAUGGCAUAUUUGCUUUUAAGCAAAAAAGACCCAGACAUUUUAGCCAAAAAUAUUUUAGAGUUUAAUGUAAUUGAAGUUGCAGCAGCUAUUGGUUGGGAAAGUGGGGUGACUAAAUAUCACUUAAAGAAUUUAGAAUGGAACACUGAAGACGGAGUACCUAAACGAUCUCUUUUAAAAGUUGAGCUUAACACCCUGGGGUUUAAAAUAAGGGCUCCAGGAGACUUGAGCCCAAUUGAACUUGAUUCAAUUUUAGAUGACAUACAUGGAUCUGUUAUUCUUCAGGAGAAAACCAUGUUGUAUCAAGUAGAAGAAAUAUAUAAAGCAUUUACUACCGUCGCAUUUUAUUCCUUCGAGAAUCUUCAAUCGUGUGGAACUUCAUUAGAUGUUAAGUCGAAUGAACUUAAAUGCAUAAUAAAGAAAUAUUUUCAAAGAAAUGAGGCUCUACCAGUAGACAUUACAUUUGAACAAAGACCACUGGACGUCAAUCGAGUAACAUCUGAUAUUAGAGCAUUAAUGUCUUCAUACAAAGAUUGUAAUUUUACUGGUCGUAGUAUUGCCAGAAUUUUUCAAGGAAUUUCAUCACCAAACUAUCCAGCAAUUGUUUGGGGUAGAACUAAAUUUUGGCGAUCCCAUAUACAUGAAGAUUUUUAUGGCAUAAUUAAAAUUGCAACUCAACAAAUUCUUGAAAUGAAAAUGACAUGAAUCUUGUAAUAUAUAUUAAUAAACAA